AUGAUUUCAUAUGAACUCGUAAAUAAAACGGGUGUUAGUGCUAAUGUGAAUGUAUUGCAAUCUGGAAAUCAAUAUAUUUUCGAUUAUCCCUGUAAAUCCACAUCUGAAUGUACAGACUAUUUUGUUCAUCUUCCACGUGGUACAUACAAAUUUGAAUUAUUUGGCUCCAGUGGUGGUAGUUCUAAAGGUCAUGUCUCAUCAUAUAGAUAUUCACAAACAAAUUGCAUUUCACCAUUAUUAGUUAAAUUGUAUGGUGGCAAUGUUGAUUGUUAUCUAAAUAACAGUAUUGGUGGUGCAGGCGGCUAUCUUUCUGCACAAAUUUCUCUUCAAUCUCCUGUUCAAGCUUUCUUCACUCUUGUAGGUCGAGGUAUCUUUGGUCAUAAAACAGAUAAUCCUUGUAGCCCAUCUAGUUUUGAAAAGGGCAAUAUGCAACCAGGUGGCUAUGGUGGUGGUGGAAGUUCAUCAGACCAUCCAUAUGGGACAGGGUGUGGAGGUGGCCAAACCGCCGUCAAAUUUCAAUAUAAUGAUCUUUGGCAUCGUGUUCUCGUUAGUGGUGCAGGAGGUGGCUGUGAUGACAAUACAGAUGAUGACGGCAGCGGUGGUUCAGGCGGAAAUCUUACGGCACAAAGUUGGUUUUACAACGGAGAACUCACCAAUUCAUAUUAUGCAAAUUCCACAUUCGGUUUUUCAUUUGGUCAAGGUGAAGCCGCUCGCUAUGAUGAUGCUAACAAUUCAAUAUCUGUAAAAGUUAGUCAACGUGUAGAUAUUGGAGGUGCUGGUGGUGGAUGGUUUGGAGUAUUUUCUUCUCAAUCAGGUCAAGGAGGUGCAGGAGGAGGAUCAUCAUGGGCAUUAACAAAAGAUGCAGUUAUUCCAAAAGGAAACAUUGAUUCAUAUAAUGAAUUUUAUUACAAAUUAGAUUCUAAACCAUAUGCAUUUGAUCUUAAUUCAGAAUAUCUCUUUGAUCAUGUUAUUCACGUUCCUGGCAUCUGGGAAGGCAACGGCAAAAUCAUACUCACAAUCAUAUCUAAUAACUUAAUUCAAUCCUGCAUAUGUAAAAUUAACAUUAUCAACUCAUUAACACUUUAUUUCCAAAUAUUUAUCCUUUAA